GGCGGGGCCGCCAUGAUGGCGGCGGCGGCAGCAGCGGAGGUGCCGCGGCGGGGGCGCUUGGGCCGGGAGGGCCGCGCCAGCCUGGCCGCCUUCCUGCUGGGCGCCUCGGUGGCCGCGCUGCCGGUGGUGUUGGGCUCCCCCGCCGCCUUGCUGGCUGCCCCCGGUCUGCGCGGCCGCCUGGCGCUGGUCCUGCACGUGGCGGCCGUUAACGCGGCGCUGCUGCUGCUCUACCCGCGGCCGCUCUACAAGAUCGCCGUCCGAGCCUGCUUCCUGGGCUUCGCCUUCGGCUGCGGGCUGCUGCUCAGCGCCGGCCGCUCGGCCUGGCGCCACUUCGGCUGGUACAUGUGCUCCCUCUCCCUCUUCCACUACUCGGAGUACUUGGUGACGGCCAUCAACAACCCGCGCAGCCUCUCGCUGGACUCCUUCCUGCUCAACCACAGCUUCGAGUACAACCUGGCUGCCCUUUCCUCCUGGGUGGAGUUCACACUGGAGAAGUUUCUCUUCCCAGAGCUGAAGCAGAUCACCUGGCUGAGUACUGUGGGGCUGCUGAUGGUGAUCUUUGGGGACUGCCUGAGGAAAGCUGCCAUGCUCACUGCUGGCUCCAACUUCAACCACAUUGUUCAGAACGAGAAAUCUGACACUCACACUUUGGUGACGAGUGGAGUGUACGGGUGGUUCCGUCACCCCUCUUACGUGGGAUGGUUUUAUUGGAGCAUCGGGACACAGGUGUUACUCUGCAAUCCUGUCUGCGUGGUGGGCUACACCCUGGCGUCCUGGCGCUUCUUCAGGGAGCGGAUUGAGGAGGAGGAGAUCACACUUAUACACUUCUUCGGAGAAGAGUACCUGGAGUACAAAAGGAAAGUGCCAUCGGGUCUCCCUUUUAUUAAAGGAGUCAAAGUAGAACUGUAACGUGGGAAAAAGCCAGACUGGCUGAGCCAACACCCAGCUCCAGGCGCUGCGGGCCGAGGGACGGUGUGCGGUGCCGGUGCCGGGAGCAGCCCCUUGGGAUUUCCCGGCCACCCAGGAGGAGCUGGCAAAGGGCUGCAGAGCUGGGCAGCCUGACGGGUCACUAGCAGAUCAGAAACUUGUUUGUCCUCCUCGAGAUAAGUCCUUUGUUGCACAUUCAGGGAUCUUCCAGAUAACUUAGCCUGUAGCAACCCUAAAGAGAAUCAAGUGCUCCCUCCUGCAGCUGCUGAACUGGACCAAAAUGCCUCUGGACCGGUGGUUCUGGAGCGUGACUGCCCACCCUCCUGUACAGGGAAGGCACUGAUCGUUCCUGGGGCCUGAUCCGAUUUUAAAGCGCUUUGACCUUGCGAGCUGGGCAGCAGCACAGCCAUAAUCCCCUUAGGCCUGGUGCCAGCAGCUGGGGCUGCAUAAUCCCCUGGGGCUCCCUGCCCACCCUCUGCUGCUGGGGGGUCCAUUGGGCCUCCCUCAGGCCCUAACACUCACGGGGAGCCCUUUCUGCUCAAUCGGCUGCUGCUGCCUUCCUGAGCCUUCUCCCCA